AUGCUAAUUGAUACAACAGAAGUACAAGAUAUCAAUUCUUUUUCCAGAUUGGAAUCCUUAAAAGAGGUCUAUGGGAUCAUAUGGAUGCUUGUUCCUAUUUUCACGCCUGUAUUGGGAAUCACAAUAGGUGUACUCGUAAUUGUGUGGUUAGAAAGAGAAGUAUCCGCAGGAAUACAACAACGUAUUGGGCCUGAAUACGCCAGCCCGUUGGGAAUUCUUCAAGCUUUAGCCGAUGGGACAAAACUACUUUUGAAAGAGAAUCUUCUUCCAUCUAGAGGAAAUACUCGGUUAUUCAGUAUUGGACCAUCUAUAGCAGUCAUAUCAAUUCUACUAAGUUAUUCAGUAAUUCCUUUUAGUUAUCACCUUGUUUUAGCUGAUUUCAAUAUCGGUAUUUUUUUAUGGAUUGCCAUUUCAAGUAUUGCUCCUAUUGGACUUCUUAUGUCAGGAUAUGGAUCAAAUAAUAAAUAUUCCUUUUUAGGUGGUCUGCGAGCUGCUGCUCAAUCGAUUAGUUAUGAAAUCCCAUUAACUUUAUGUGUUUUAUCAAUAUCUCUACGUGCGAUUCGUUUAUCUAACAGUUCAAGUACAGUUGAUAUAGUUGGCGCGCAGUCAAAAUAUGGUUUUUGGGGGUGGAAUUUGUGGCGUCAACCCAUAGGGUUUAUGGUUUUUCUAAUUUCUUCCCUAGCGGAAUGCGAGAGAUUGCCUUUUGAUUUACCAGAAGCCGAAGAAGAAUUAGUAGCAGGUUAUCAAACCGAAUAUUCAGGGAUCCGAUUUGGUUUAUUUUACAUUGCUUCUUAUCUAAAUCUAUUAGUUUCCUCUUUAUUUGUAACAGUUCUUUACUUGGGUGGUUGGAAUCUUUCCAUUCCGUACAUAUUUGUUCCGGAGCUAUUUGAAAUAAAUAAAGCGGAUGGAAUUUUUGGAACGACAAUUGAUAUCUUUAUUACAUUAGCUAAAACUUAUUUGUUCUUGUUCAUUCCUAUCACAACAAGAUGGACUUUACCUAGAUUAAGAAUGGACCAACUCUUAAAUCUUGGCUGGAAAUUUCUUUUACCUAUUUCUCUCGGUAAUCUAUUAUUAACAACUUCUUCCCAACUCCUUUCACUGUAA